AUGCUUCCCGCGGAUAUUAGAUACGAGAUCGUAUCACACCUCUUGUAUCCAGACAUUGAAGGGUUCCCUGGACGACCAAAAUACCAAAGCUACGGAACAGACUGGGACGAUUUCAUGCAGCUCCCGCCGCCUAGGCCGUGUAAUGACUUCUACUUUCAUGGGGAGCUUCAAACAAUUGCCACCAGUUUCUAUCGCUUAAAGGGAGAUAUCAGAACAUUACGCAACCUCCGCUUAACUUCGCGGGAAUGGCUUGCUACUGUCGAUCCUUUCCUGCAGAAAUGCUCUUCAUUCAAGGUUGACGUUGGUUCACGUCAGGCCAUGGGGAGGCUCGCAAACGUUAUUCGGCCAUCUUUUCCUGUCAAGCGCUUGGUCAUCCCCUGUAUUGAAGCCGCGUUGGCCUUCACCAGGCGCUUCACUUAUAACCAAGGCGUCGACCAUGAUGUGGAGGAUGUGGUGGAGUACACAGACGAACCCAUUUACAACAACUCGGACGAUUUCGCCGCGACGUCUGGUGCUCCCCCCGAAAAGCCCUUCAUGGGCUCCCGGCAUAUAGAGCUUCUGGAAAGCAUCUUUCAUAAUCUUCCCCAGAUUGAGUCGUUUACGCUGAUGUUCCCCACUUCUGGCGGCACGUACAAUAAUGGUUGGGAAGGGUCGGCGGACUUUUAUGACAUGGACGUUGUCAAUUCUUCAAUAGCCUUCUUCAAGAAAGCUCUCUCCUUGCCCGUUCUCAGCCAUCUUACAGAUUUAAGACUUCAUCUCCCCUGCACUCACAAUGUAGGUCAAAUCUGCGAAGGCCUAGGACAAGAGGCGCGCAACCAGAUUCUACACCUCGAAAUUUGCAUCGUGGAUGCCUCUGGGAUUUCGGGCCAGCGUGGGCAUCUAUUUUUUGACUAUCCAGGCGACUACACUGAAGUCGAUGGCGACGUGCAUAUCUACAAUUCAGUUCCGUACAGCAACAUGCAGAGGGAAUUCAACAACCAGGAGCAUCAGGAUGAGCUUUGGGAGUUUGUGGGGUCCUGCCCGAAUCUUCGAUCUCUCCAUAUAGUAGGGUCAAAUUUCUUAGAUCUCGACAGACUGCGUUGGAAAAAAGCUCCAAACUCUCGAGGCUUGCGCGUGCUCUCUUUAGAAAGAGUAUGGGUAAGCUUAUCGUCCCUUGAGGCAUUACUGCUACCAUCACCUCCAGUGGCGCACACAACUCCUCAGCUUCGCAGAAUCUGUCUCGGCGAUGUGAAGCUUCAUGACGACGGAGUCAAUUGGGAGGAUAUAUUCAACAACCUACGUGAAGGCUACCCGGAGCUGGAGCUAAGCUACAUGGAGCAGUUGACGUACUUUGAGAGUCACCCCCGGUACGCGUCUCUUCAAAGCCCCUGGGAUUCGGCUUGGAAGAUACAAUCUGAAGAAGAGAGUGAAAUAAGAGCGAUGUAUGCACUUGUACAGCAUCUUGCCGAGAAAGCUGGUGGUUGGGACUACUAUCCGCAAGAAUGUCGUGAGUCUGCAGAUGACUAUGGGUUGGAGGAAAAUUAA